UCCGCUGGAUUAAAAAGGGGCGUUGUGUCCUGGGAACCCUAAAGAUACCCCGCUAUGGGUUUAGGGCUGCUGCACUUCGAUGGUCGCGUCGUCGACGACGAUGGACGGCCCUUGCUGGAAUCCGACGACGGUGAGGAGCUGAUGCAUGUUGAGCCUGGCGUCGCCGUCGCCCUCGGUUCCCGGCCCAUGGAGUCGCCUGGAACUCUCUACGUCACCUCAAGGAGGGUGAUUUGGCUGAGCGACGCCGACAAAGAGAAAGGGUAUGCGGUGGAUUUCUUGUCGUUGUCCCUCCACGCUGUGUCGAGGGACCCAGAGACCUACCCCUUUCCUUGCAUCUAUACUCAGAUUGAGAUAGGUGACGAAGAUGAAGAGUCUGAAAGCUCAGAUUCAGAAAGUAAUGAUGAUUUGGAAUUGUCAAAAGUCACUGAAAUGAGACUUCUUCCUUCAGAUGCUGGAAAGUUGGAUACUCUCUUUGACAUUUUCUGUCAAUGUGCUGAGCUAAACCCUGAGCCUCAUCAAGAAGGAGAGGAAGAAAAUACUUGGUUUUUUGGUGAUGAAAAAAUCAGCGAUGCUGGAAGUGAUUCUGAGUGGCAGUUUUCAGAAAAUCCUGGCAACCCUAUUGGUUCUGCAAAUGGAGAUCAUGACCUAUCUCAGAGAGUUCAUGAGCUUCAAAUCGAUUCCCAGCAGUUUGAGGAUGCAGACGAAGACGAAGAGACUCAUGACGAUCAUUGCUUGGCAGCCAACUAAUGCAUUUCCCCACCAGCCCUGCAGUUCUCCAUGGCCACUUAGGCUUCUUGUCCGCUAAAGAGAAGGUUCGGUUUACCAGUUUGAACUGGUUUAGUAUGAGUAAAAUCUACGUAAAAGGUCUUGCGAUUGGUCAAGAAUGUGUUCGAUACUCAUUGUGUGAUGAUCAAAUCAAAGGAAUGCCAUCAAGGAUUGUAUCCCAAUGGAAACCGAACCCAAGAGUUCAUGAAACUUAAUUGUGCAAUCAUUGUAAUGGAUAUUUUCUACGAUGAUUAAGCAACAAUUUGCGUGCUUAGAAA